GAGACAAUGACAUAAUUGACAGCAUCUCCAAAUACAAAUUACAAAAUUUCAGAACAAAAUAAACACGAAAACACGUGGGUUUGCGUUUGUAAUUUUAAUUUGUUUGUUGUAAAUGUUGUACGUUUGAUGAAUCAAGAUCUUGAAAUCUUGAAUUCUUGAAGAUAACAUAUUUUGUACAUACCUGUGGUUCUAGAUGGUACCAUACGGACAAAUGAGAAAAUCACUACCCAAGGAAGUUGUGAAGGAAAGACUGAGGGAGAAAAAAAAAUUGUCUAAGAAACUUUUGAAAGCCAAAAGAGCCCGUUUAGUUGUCAAGAAUUUACCUUUCACAGCAACAGAUGAAAACUUGAAGGAAUAUUUUGGACAAUAUGGUGAAAUAAAAAAUGUGGACCUGUUGAAAAAAUCCGAUGGUAAAUUAGUGGGUUGUGCAUUCAUUCAGUUUGAUUUGGUGCAGAAAGCAGCAAAAGCAAGGCAUCAUACAAAUGGCAAGGAAUUUAUGGGUAGACAGAUUUCUGUAGACUUUUCAAAAGCACAGAGUAAAUACCAAAAACAAAAAAAAGAAGUCAGAAUUGAAAACAAUACUGAUGAAGUUAUUGAGAUUAAGGAAGAAGAUGAAGAAUUUAGUAAAUCUGAAAGUGAUGAAGAAGGUGAUAGUUAUAAUGAAAGUCUCAAAAGUGAUGAUGAAGAUGAUGUAGCAGUGGAUACAAAAAUUCUUCCUAAAAAUGAAGCAAAAAUCACAUAUUUCUCAAAUGAUCUUGUUGAGGAAAAGACAAUAUUCAUAAAAAAUGUCCCUUUUGAUGCCACAAAUGAAGAUUUGAGAGAGUGUAUGCUUCAAUUUGGACCCCUUUAUUAUGCUCUGAUUUGUAUUGAUAAACUCACUGAACAUUCUAAGGGCACAGCAUUUGUCAAAUUUGUUAAUAAAGAGGAUGCUGAUAAAGCUCUUGGUGCAGGCACAGAAUUAAAGUUAUUAGGAAACAUUCUAGAUUGCCAUAAAGCACUUGAUAGAGAGGAUGUUGGCAAGCGAAAUCAAGGCAUACAUGAUAAGAAGAAAGAACCAAAGGAUUCUAGGAAUUUAUAUCUGGUCAGGGAAGGAGUUAUAUUGGCUGGCACUAAAGCUGCUGAGGGUAUAACAGCAACUGAUAUGGCCAAAAGACUGCAAAUUGAACAAUAUAAGACCCAAAUGUUACGAAAUUUGAACAUGUUUGUAUCCAGAGAACGUUUGGUUGUCCACAACAUUCCUCCCAGCUGGGAUGAUAAAAAGCUACGUAUAUUAUUGCAGAAAUAUAGUGGUCCUGGGGCAGUCAUUAGAGAAGCUAGAAUUAUGAGGGAUAUGAAGAACUUAGAUCCCAAGGGAGUUGGGAAAUCAAAAGAGUAUGGGUUCGUCUCAUUUACAAAACAUGAGAAUGCUUUGACAGCAUUGAGAAGUUUGAACAAUAACCCUGAUAUAUUUGGAGCACACAGAAGGCCCAUCAUUACUUUUAGUAUUGAAAACAAAACUAUGGUUACAGCAAGGCAGAAACGUUUAGAAAAAUCUAGAUUAUAUAAUCCAACUAAUAAGAAUUUCAAGGGAAGCAGUAAAUAUGAGAAAAAAGAAGACAGGCCAAAGAAGAUUAGUAGGAAACAAAAACCUCUGAAAGACGCACCACCAAGGGAUGACGAAAAUGUUUCACAGUUCUCUGGAAUAACUGCCAAAGCUGGAAUACAACAAAAAAUGAGAAGCAGGUACAAACUGACUACUCAGGCAAAAUUGCAUCAUGAAAACCUGAAGAAAGAGAAGAAGAUAGCCAAAAACGCCAAAAAGACUUUAGCAGAGAGGAAAAGGGAGUUUAUAAAGCAGCCUAAGCAGAAAAUGAAUAAAAUUAGUGAAAGUGAUAGUUUCUCAAAAUUAGUCAAUGAGUAUAAAAAUAAGCUUGUGAACGUACCUACUGUAAAGAAAUCUAAAUGGUAUGAAUAGAUUAUUAGAGGUU